UUUAACUUCCUCAAUGUCAGACCAAUCACCCCGCAUCAACGUUAAGAACCCAUUUACUAUAAGUACCUUCUUAAGCCUUUUCUCGAAUAACAAAGAUUUUAAAUCCUUGUCUACACAAACUAGCAAAUAAAGCACCGUUACGUCAAAAAUGUUGAAUAUAAAUUGUGUAGUCGUGGGAGACGGAGCGGUAGGGAAAGUAGCCAUGGUGCAACGUUUUUGUGAAGGCUCAUUCCGUACAGAGUAUGUCCCCAUAGUAUUUUACCACAACACCAUUGAAAUGACAGUGGAUAAAAAGAAGGUCAGCCUAGGCCUGUUUUCUCAACCUGGUCAAGAAGAUUAUGACAGGCUGAGGCCUCUGUCAUACCCUGUAGCUGACUGUUUCAUUCUCUGUUUCUCAUUGUGUAACAAAGCAAGCGCAGACAACAUCGAGGCAAAGUGGUACCCAGAAAUUCACUAUCACUGUCCCUAUGCACCCAUCAUUCUAGUGGGCACAAAGCUAGAUGUCAGGCAAGAUAAGGCAAAGCAGACUGAUGGUAAAAAGGUCGUGUCUAAAUCAGAAGGGGAGAAAAUCGGGAAAUCUAUCAAAGCCAACAGGUACCUAGAGUGCUCUGCCUUGACCCAAGAAGGACUAAAAGACGUUUUUGAAGAAGUGGUUAGAGCUUAUCUGUACAAAAAGCCCAAGCACAAAAAUAACGGCAAAGGAUGUGUUACGUUAUAGUUUUGUUUUAAAUUAUUUAUUUGAUUCAUUUCUCCAACUGUUUUUAUUAAAUAGUUUUAUUUUACUUUGAACCAAAAGAUGCUGAUUUUUUUUCAGCAUUAUCUUUUAGAAUAGGCAAAUUCUAAACAUUUAAAUAAUUGGUAAAUGCUUGAAAUCUUAAACGACAUUUUAAAAAUUUGAUAUUUCAUUCAUCACCCUAAAACUAACUUUUUUUAAAAAAUCUAAUAAAAGUUAGAUUUUUACUACCUGUUUUGCUGUGAGGGUUAUGGUCGGGAUUAGAGAAACAGUUGUAUCAGGUUGCAUUAGGUGUUUGAUACUUGUAAACAUUUUGUUUGCAUUUUAAUAAGUAAAAUAUUUUAAAAAAACAAUUAAUUUUCAGCAAAAAUAUUUUAUUGUCUUAACUGCAUGUUAUUCUGCCUACAGAAUUUACUUUUGAUUUAGUUUUUGUUUAAAUAUGUUUUAAAUAUUUAAAUACACCAACAGUAUUUAUUAUUGAAAUAUGUGUAUGAACCAAGAUGAAUGCUGAUGUUUUUGACAGACUUAAUGUAAUUGAAUGUGUAUAAAAAAAAAUUUCCACCGAGCAUUUACUCUGACUUGCCUAUUUGCCCAUGUGUAAGAUUUUUGAGCAAGCCUUAUUUUCUUUGUACUGACUGCUCUUAGGUUCACACAUUUCAAUGUUUAUCUGGCAAACUGCUGUGUAUAUACUAUUAUAGAGUAAAACUAUUUGAUACAAAUGACUUUUUUUCAUUAUUUGAUACAUAUAAAUUUAAUAUUUUUAAAAUUAUAAUUUCAAUCCAAUCAAACUAAUUCAUAAAAUACUUAAAUCAUUGUUUAUUGAUGAAUAGUUUUGUUAAUUUUUAUAGAGAUCUGUACUUUAUUUUAUGUAUAUAUUUUUUAAACACACCUUUAAAUGUGUAUAGCAAAUCAUAAAAGGUAAUUUUGAUGGUUACGAACAAAAUUUAAACCAUAAAACACAAUAUUAAAAUAUGUAGGUGGAUUUUAAAAUUCGCUUAAGGUAAGUUUGCCUGGGUUGA